CUUAGUUGGCAGCACCAUUUUCGCCGAUAAAACGCAUACGCGUGUGGAGGCGAAAUACAUUAGUUUAUUUAUUGAUUUAGCUCGUUGUCGACACUAUUCGUGGGCUGCCGCGGCAUUGGUUUUCCUGUAUGAUAACAUGGGAGAUGGGGCUGUCCACGACACUCGACAGUUAGGAGGUUACAUGACCCUUUUACAGUGCUGGAUCUACGAACACUUCCCUAGGAUCUGUAAGCGGGGCGAUAGAGGUGCGGUUCCUGCACAUCUUCCAAGAGCAUGUAGGUGGAUUGCAAAACAUGCUGUUGAAGGUGGAUUAGUGACCUAUCGGCAGAGACUUGAUGCUUUGUUGCUUGAUGAUGUACUGUUUACACCAUACGAUGAUGAUCGAGCUAAUCAUCCGUUUGAAGAUAUUUCGAUGUUCUCUGGUUAUCUUCGAUGUGGUGGAGUCUCAGUCCCAUAUUUGCCGGAGCGAUGUCUUCGACAAUUUGGUCGUAUUCAGUGCAUCCCGCCUGAUGUUCCCCCCAGGCCCGCCAGUAUAGAUUGGGUGUAGCAGACUACUAUGCAAUCAUCUGUAUCGGUGUUUCGGAGGCUAUAUCAUGUUGCGAGUUUUCCUGGAGAGGUC